CUCCCGCCGCGCCUGCGCCGCGCGGAGCCGCCUCAUCCGCUGCAGGCGGGCGGUGCUGGCGCGGCGCUGCGGGCUCGGGGCGGUGCUAACAGUGCGGGCGCGCUGCCGCAGGACACGGAGGUGCUUUCAUCCCUUCCCAGGAAAAUGGGGUCCAAACAGAUCGCCCAAGAAACGUUUGAUGAUGCAGUGCAGGAGAACAUCACCGAGUUUGAGAUGGAUCCAGAGGAGGCUGUGAGAGAAGCUGUGCAGCAGUUUGAGUCCCAAGGUGUGGACCUGAGCAAUAUUGUGAAAGCUGUGCGACCUCCUGCCUCUGAGAACGGGCAGAGGCAAAAGCAUCAAAUCCUGCUGACCCUGGAUGCCCUGGGGAGCACCGUGGCCGAGUCGGACGUGGCGGAGCUGCCCGAGCAGCUCUCGGCCUUCGCGGCGCAGUGCAAGGAGCAGCUGGCGUUCCGCUACCUGGCCGGCCAGAACGGGGCCUACCCCGUGGUGUUCUCUGCCUGCCAGCUGGCUUCAGGAGACAGGGAUUUACUGCUCCAAGCCUUCUCCACCCUGUCUGCCUUGCUGGAUGGGCAGCCAGACCUGCUGGACGCCGCCGGGCAGGAGCUGCUGCUGCAGACCCUGCGGGAGCAGCGGGAGGACGCGGAGAUGACGCUGGCGGGGAUCCGCUGUGUCCGGCACGCCUGCCUCAAACACGAGCAGAACAGGCAGGACUUUGUCAAGGGUGGGAUCCUCCCUCUCCUCACUGGAGCCAUUAUCCAGCACGGGAACAGCGCUGACGUGGUCAGGACGGCGGCCUCGGCCCUCAGGAUCAUGACCUUUGACGAUGACAUCCGUGUGCCCUUUGGUCACGCCCACGACCAUGCCAAGAUGAUCGUUUUGGAAAACGAUGGGUUGAGAGUCCUCAUUGAAGCUGCAAAAGCGUUCAUGGAUAACUCUGGGGUUCUCAGUGAGCUCUGUGCCACCCUCUCUCGCCUCUCAGUCAGGAAUGAAUUCUGCCAAGAAAUUGUGGACCUUGGGGGCUUAAAUUUUAUGGUGACUCUCCUGGCUGACUGUAUGGAUCACCCGGACGUGGUGAAGCAGGUGCUCAGUGCCAUCCGUGCCGUGGCCGGGAACGACGACGUCAAAGACGCCAUCGUGGAUGCCGGGGGCACCGACCUCAUCGUGCUGGCCAUCAGCCACCACCUGGGCAACCCUCAGAUCUGCGAGCAGGGCUGUGCAGCCCUGUGCAUGUUGGCCCUGCGCAAGCCUGAGAACUGCAGCGUCAUCAUGGAGGGCGGUGGGGCCUUGGCAGCCCUGCAGGCCAUGAAGGCUCACCCACAAGAGGUGGCUGUCCAGAAACAGGCCUGCAUGCUGAUCCGCAACCUGGUGUCCCGGAGCCGGGACUUUUCCCAGCCCAUCCUGGAGAUGGGAGCCGAGAACCUGAUCACGGAGGCUCGCGCGGCACACAGGGACUGCGACGACGUGGCCAGGGCUGCCCUCAGGGACCUGGGCUGCAAAGUGGAGCUGCGGGAGCUGUGGACGGGCCAGAAGGGGAGCCUGGCUCAGUGAAUCCUCAUUCCACCGAGCAGGGAAGCUCCAAGGCGUGUCUGUCCCUGAAGUCUUGUGGGAAAAGCGAAGGGCAUGGAUCGUUCGGCGCCGACGCCCAGCUGGAGUAUCCAAAGCAAAUGCCUGGCUUGGGAGGCUGCAGGGAACUUUUUUCUUGGGAGCUACGGCUGAAAUGGCUUUCUGCAUUCACAGGCUGCAAAAUCAACUCUUGUGUAGUGAUCAUUCCCUGGAUCAUCUAAUGCCUGAAGAUGAUCUGCUCCCCGCUGUCACCCCUCGUGUGCAGGACGGGGCUGUUCCCGCUGCUCUGAUCCCCGCGGUGACAGCAGGAGUGGCUCUUUCCUGCCCAGAGUUUGGCACCGUGGCUGCUGGUUCCCAUUUGUCCCUCUGCCCAUGGAGCUGGUCACGGGCUGGAUGAGGAGGAAUCCCAGCAUUUGUGAAUGUGCUCUGUUCUGUUCCCUUGUUCUUUUACUGCUGACCCUACUCUGUGUUGCUGCUUUGUUUGGGAUUUUUUCCGCCAGCGUAACGUUUUAAACAAAAAAAUGCAAAGUAAGGAUUUGGGAUAAUACGGCCCAAAGGAACCAUUGGCAUCCAGGAGGAAAGUUCAUGUUCUCCCUCAGUGAGAGGAGCAGGGCAGGGACUGGGAGUGGGGGUGGGAAUUCUAAAGUGGGGCCAAGCUGGCAGUGGUUCCACGCAGCGGGAAGCACUGGGAAGCCCAGGCUUUGUCACCGCUUAGCACUUCCCUGGAUCCAGGAAUGCUUUAUUUGUAGUGAAGAGGCCAAGAACCUCAUGGACUGAGGCAAAACUGUGGACUUGUGGGCAAAGCAGGCCCCGGAAGGGCUCUGAAGUCUCAGCUGAAGGUUUUUGCUGGGCCGUGUUACCAGCCCUGCUCUGGUGCUGAGCCUUCCUCCUGCGCUGCUGCCGCCGCCGCUGUUUUUUGUGAGUGGAUGUUUUUAAUGUGAUAUUCUCUGUAGAAAUGGUGACCUUAUAAAACAUACAAACGUUC